AUGAGCGGCUCCCGACACCCACCCCCUCCAGGGUCUGACGAACCGCCCCCACCAUAUGUCGAAUCAAGCCCUCUCCACUCGAACGAUAUCCCUCUGCCAUCCUCCCCAAUACCCAACGCGCAGUCCACGAAUAUCCCGCCGUUAUACCCACGGCCCCAACAGACGCCCGGAUACCAACAUCACGAGCAGCAUCGACAGCCUCAUGCUGCCGGUCAGUCCGAUCAGACUACAACGCAAGCGUCGCAAUCCCCACAGUCCUCGGCACAGUACUUUGCAUCGCGCACUUCAACAGCCCGUCAACCGCUUCGCCAUCCUCUACAAAUCCGACCAAACAGUAUUAGGGCUGAAAUCCCCUACCCGCGCAAUUGGGCACUCAACCACGAUGUCUCCUUGCAAGAUUGGACUACCUUUGUUGGCUUCCUCAUACCGGAUGACGCGGUCGUCCCGGAUGCGAAACGACUGUCGCCCGAGCGAAAGGCCGCAAUCGAAAGGGUGAUUGGCGAAUGGAACGAUGGCUUCUUUGGGCCAAGAGGCGUGAAUAUCGUGCUAGACGAGGAAGGGAAGACGUGCGCAGACUCUGGCUUUGCUGAUAUGCCGACAAUGGAUUCAAACCACGCUGGGCCCAGGCCUGGUCCAAGCUCCACUGGACCUAGCCCCGCGGCCACAGGCUCACUCCAUCACGCGCCCAGUGUAGGGGGUAGCUCCGGCUACCGCCCUCAGCAUUCCUCCAGGGACCGCCUCAUGGGGAAACUCAAGUCAAAAGCCUCCGAGAAGGACGUCUCCUUCGAUCCACAGGGCAUUCGUGUCGGCAGCAAGUUCUCUCUGAACGCCGGUGGUCUCAAGAUUGGAAAAUUCAAGAUGGACCAGCAAGGCAUGGAGUACGGCGGACGACCGAUUGGGCCCACGGUCCCUCCGGGCUCAGCAUACGGAAGAGGGAAUGCGCAUUCUGGAUAUCCCGGUGCGGGAUACGGUCCACAGGGUUCUGGAGGCAGAGGUUAUGAGUCUGCGAGGCCGGGUGGAAGGGGUUAUGGGCCACCGCCAACGGGGUAUCGGCCUCCUGAAAUGCAUGGGCAUGGCAGGUUUGGACCAUCCGUGGGACUCGAUACGCCGAGUCCCGGAUACGGUGCGCCGCCCCCUCCGAACGGUCACCAGGGCGGGCCGCCCUCGCCGGGAGGUAUGGGUGGUUACUACAUGCCGCCCUCAGGGCCGCCGCCAGGAACGCCGCCAGCUUAUGCGGGACAGCAAACGGGGACGUUGCCGGCUUCGCAGCCUUGA